AUGGGUAUCACUGGCCUGCUUCCGUUGCUCAAGUCGGUUACGAGACGCACGCAUAUACGAGAAUAUGCUGGACGCAGGGUAGCCAUUGACACGUAUUCCUGGCUUCAUCGCGCUUCGUAUUCUUGCAGUCAGGAGCUUUGUCAAGGCACGCCGUGUACGAGGCACAUUCAAUACUGCAUGAACAGGGUCAAUCUCUUAAGAGACAAUGGCGUCAUUCCCGUGCUCGUCUUCGACGGCGGAAAGCUUCCCUCGAAAUCCCAGCAAGAAUCUAAACGAGACAAAUCAAGGAGGGAGAACCUUGAACGAGCGGAGCAGCUACUGCUGAAGGGCAAACGUAGUGAAGCAAGAGAGUGCUUUCAGAAGGCUGUUGACAUCACACCUGCCAUUGCGCACCAGCUUAUCAAGGUGCUGAGGCAGGAGCAUGUGGAGUACGUGGUGGCACCCUACGAAGCCGAUGCCCAGAUGGCGUUUCUCUGCACCAGCGGCCUCGUGCACGCAGUCAUCACAGAGGACUCCGACCUCAUCGCCUACUCCUGCCCACGCGUCCUCUUCAAAAUGGACAACAUGGGGCAUGGCGACGAGAUCGUGUACGCCAACAUAGGCCAAUCCCAAGAGCUCGCUCUGGCGGAUUUCACCCCGCAGAUGGUCCUUGAAAUGUGCAUCCUCAGCGGCUGUGACUACCUCGACAGCCUGCCGAAAGUCGGCCUCAAAACAGCCCACGACUGGAUCCGAAGGCACCGGGAUUAUCGGUCUGCGCUGGCUGCAGUGAAGCUGAAUGGGAGGGUGGUGCCGGAGGAAUACGGGGCGGCGUUUGAGCAGGCGCUGCUGACGUUCCUGCACCACCGCGUGUACCAUGUGGCCAAUGAGCACAUGACUCAUGUCAACCCGCUGCCAGCGACGCUUGGACCAGACACGGAUCUGUCGUUUCUUGGACCAUAUCCUCCUCAGCAUUCUUGCUCCCUGUCCUCGCUUGCCCCCUUUCUUGGGCCAUGUCCUCACUUGCUCCCUUUUUUGCCCCUACACAUGCUCAAGAGCACAUGGAGAUCGCCAUUGCAGCUGCCAGUGCAGAAGAACAAGCUGUCUAAAUACUUUCUCCCCACAGCUCCGGCUGCCAAGAAACAGUUCCAGCCACCACGAAGCUCGCCUGUAACGCCCCUGGUCCAGUCAGCCUUCGAUCCGUCCCGUCCCGAAGCUGCUGCCAAGCCUGGCCCCGCUGGCUCGGCAAAUCAGCCACGUGGCAACAGCAGCGGACGGGGCGGGCGGCCUGUGAGGACGUCAGCAGUGGGGGUGGGGUCUGCAGGGCCCACAGAGGGUGACUGCUUGGCGGGAGCUGAAAACGGCAGUGGAGAGCCGAUGCUGGGGGAAGACUUGGUGCAGUUUAUGGCAGGGACGGUUCUUGAGGAGGAGAGACAGCAGAAGCAGCCGCAGCAGCAGCAGCAGCAGCAGCAGCUGGUUGCAUGUGGGCCAAGAGCAGCUGUUGCCCGUGUGUUCCAACGAUUCACUCCGCCCCGCUCCAUUGCCGAAGCUGGGACCACUCCCGAGCCACCAUUGCAGCGGUACAGGCGAGCAGCAACACGUGCAACAGCUGAAUGGCAGGAGAACACGCCGACUGAUUGGGACCAGUUUGUGUUCCGGGGUAAUGAAAGGGCCCAUUCCGAAGGGGAGGAGGAGCGAGCAGAGCAGCGAUCGGAGGGUGUGUUGGGAAGGAACCGGGAUUUGGACGAAGAGCGGGAACUGGGUGCUGCUGAUCUGGAUGCGGAUUUGGAUGAGCUGCUGCUGCCUCCUGCGUUUGACCUCGUGAGUGACGUGCCGGGCAGUCACGAAGUAAGGCAAGUAGGACGGAGGCCAGGAGGGUGGAGGGCAGGCGGAUGGAUGGGCAUGCGAGGGGCAGCGGGCGCAGCACGGGGAGGAAGAGGCGGAGGAAUGGGUAUUGGAGGAAGGGGGAUGGUAGGAGUCGGAGCGGGUGGGGGGAUGGUAGGAGUCGGAGCGGGUGGGGCCGGCAGCAGCAGGCAGCAGGGAGAGGCUGUUUUUGGCACCCCAAGGCGGAUGCUGGGGAGUGGGCGAGGGGUGCAAGGGCGAGGAGUUCGGGGGAGAAUGGCGGCGGCGCAUGUGGUGGUGCGGCAGGAGAUGUCCUGCUCCACAUGCGUGGUGAGUCCCUCCUUCCUUCUGUUCCUUUCUCCCCUUUUAAGACGUCUCGAAAUCCGCAUGUGA